UGAGCUAAUAGUGGCUUCUUAUAGAGCCAUGCAGGUGGAGGAUUGCUUGUCACCAGCGAGUGGUCUCUCCAAGAAAUUUAUGAAUGUGGGCAGUGCCUUCUCGAGCUCGGAUGGAUCAGAGCUUCCGCUACAGGACCAUCCUAUUCUAUCUGCGAGUGACAACCUGGAGAGAAGUUCACCUCUGAAAAAAAACUCCAGGGAGAUGACGAAUCAGUCAGAGGCAGACAAUUUCCCCGACUCCAAGGACGCGCCAGGGGACGUCCAGAGGGGCAAACUCUCUCCUGCUCUUCACUUCGAUGGGUCUGCGGCUGAAAGGUGCAUCUUUUCUCCCACUCAGCCGCAGCCAGUCUCCGCCGCAGCCCCCAGUGCCAUGUUCCCGUACGCGAGUCAGCACGCGCCUCCGGCGUUCUCCAUCGGCAGCCCCGGCCGCUACAUGGCCCACCACCCGGUUAUCACCAACGGAGCCUAUAACAGCCUGUCUCAGGGCUACCCGGCCGCAGGAUACCCGUACGCGCAACAGUACGGCCACGCGUACCAGGGAGGCGCUUUCUACCAGUUCUCCUCCGCACAGGGGCUCGUGCCGGGCAAGGCACAGGUUUAUCUGUGCAACAGGGCCCUGUGGCUUAAGUUUCACAGGCACCAGACCGAGAUGAUCAUCACCAAGCAGGGCCGACGAAUGUUUCCAUUUCUGAGCUUUAACAUCUCCGGCCUGGACCCCACCGCUCACUACAACAUUUUUGUGGACGUGAUUCUGGCGGAUCCGAAUCACUGGCGCUUUCAGGGAGGAAAGUGGGUUCCUUGUGGGAAAGCAGAUACGAAUGUCAUUGGAAACAGGGUUUACAUGCACCCAGACUCACCAAACACGGGCGCUCACUGGAUGCGUCAGGAAAUUUCUUUUGGAAAACUGAAGCUCACCAAUAACAAAGGCGCCUCCAACAACACAGGCCAGAUGGUGGUGCUCCAGUCUCUACACAAGUACCAGCCACGGCUGCACGUGGUGGAAGUGAACGAGGACGGCACAGAGGACACGAGCCAGCCAGGGCGCGUGCAGACGUUCACCUUCACGGAGACGCAGUUCAUUGCCGUGACGGCGUACCAAAACACAGACAUCACACAACUAAAAAUUGACCACAACCCGUUUGCCAAAGGGUUUCGGGACAACUACGACACGGUGUACACAGGCUGCGACAUCGACCGCCUCACUCCAUCUCCGGGUGACUCUCCGCGUUCACAGAUCGUGCCGGGCGCGAGAUACGCCAUGCCCAGCUCCUUCCUGCAGGACCAGUUUGUCAGCACUUAUGCCAAAUCUCGUUUUCACCCUGGCGUGGGGGCCGGGCCUGGCACGGAGCGCAGCGUCCCACUCGGCAACAGCUUGCUGUCCCCGCAGCAAAGCGAAGAGCCCCCUGUUGCCACCCCCCCGCAGCGCUGGUUUGUCACCCCUGCCAACAACCGACUGGACUUCGGUGCCUCGGCAUACGACGCGGCGGAUUUUGCCGGUAACGCGGCCACCUUGCUGUCGUACGCCGCGGCCGGAGUAAAGGCCCUCCCGCUGCCAACCGCGGGCUGCUCCAACCGGCCUCUGGGUUAUUACGCGGACCCUUCGGGAUGGGGAGGACGCACUCCGCCACAGUACAAGACCGGCUCAGUCUUCUCUUGUUGGCCAGCUAAUUCUCUGAGCAGAGGGGUCAACUACCUGUCCGAGGAAGGUGCGGACGCUGUGGCCACAGAGAGAUCUCCCAUAGGAGCCUCCGAUGAGCCCAAACCCAAAGACUUGUCUGAGUCCAGCUGGAUAGAAACGCCGUCCUCCAUUAAGUCCAUGGACUCCAGUGAUUCUGGGAUCUUUGAACAGGCCAAGAGACGGAGGAUCUCUCCCUCUGCCACCCCUGUGCCAGAGACAGUGUCCCCACUCAAGUCUGAGUGCGACAAAACCUGUACAAAGGACAUUGGCUACUACAGCUUUUACCCCCACACUACUUUUUCAAAGCUCCACCAGAGACAGGCCUUUCUACAGCAGAUGGCGACGCAUAACAGGAAGCUUCCACCAGCCACCCACAAAGCUCAGCCUGUAGACUAUGCUGCUUUCAGGCUAAAUCACACGCGCUGUAGGGGAACGCUGAUGUAUUCCAACAAACUGGAGGUCCCGUGGGGUUACAGCCAUCAGCGCGGUGAUGAUGAAGCAGUGGUGGACCAGGGAGGGACGAGGUCGCAACAAGGCACCAACUUUGAGCAGGAAGAUCUUGAUGGACAUAGAACUCUGUAUAUCGGCGUGCAUGUUCCCCUGGGCAGCACCAGACAGAGGAGUCACCGCAGACACCGGCACCAUGGCAGCAGGCACCACAAGAGACGCAGCAUGGAGCGCGCCCCCACCCUGGUCGAAGGCCGCGAGUCUCCUAUUUAUGACACCCCCUCACAGAGAGUGCAGUUCCUGCUGGGGGUGGAGGAUGAGGACGACGAGCACACACCACAUGAUCUGUUCACGGAGAUGGAUGAGAUCUGUGUAAAGGAUGGAGAGGAUGGGAACUGGAGAGAGAGCGCCCGGUGGCUUAAAUUUGAGGAGGACGUGGAGGAUGGAGGGGAGCGCUGGAGUAAGCCCUACGUGGCCACUCUGUCCCUGCACAGUCUGUUCGAGCUCCGCAGUUGUAUCAUCAAUGGCACCGUGCUGCUGGACAUGAGAGCUAAUACCAUCGAAGAGAUAGCAGAUAUGGUUCUGGACCACCAGGAGUUGUACGCUCCUCUGGGAGAUGAGCUUCGGGCGAGAGUGAGAGAGACCCUCCUGAAGCAGCAUCACCAUCAGAAACAGAAGACUCUGGCAAACAGACUGCCCAUCGUACGCUCACUCGCCGACAUGGGCCGCCGCGCAUCUGAGCUCCAACUUGACAAGAAUGGUCAGUUGACUGCCUCACAGUGCCAGUUAUCAGUGCCUGAUGGGAAAGGUGAUGUCAGCAGAGAGAGCAGCUGUUUGGACCUGAGCAAGAUCCACUUCAUGAAGAAGAUUCCAGUUGGAGCAGAGGCCUGUAACGUUCUGGUGGGUGAGCUGGAGUUUCUAAAUAAACCCGUGGUGGCGUUUGUCCGGUUGUGCCCUGCUGUUCUUCUGGUGGGGAUGACUGAAGUCCCUAUUGCCACAAGGUUUAUAUUCAUUCUUUUGGGUCCCAUCGCAAGAGGAACUCAGUAUCGUGAAAUCGGGCGGUCCAUUGGGACACUCAUGACAGAUGAGGUUUUCAGUGAUGUUGCCUAUAAAGCUAAAGACCGAAAUGAUCUAAUUGCUGGGAUUGAUGAGUUCCUUGACCAGGUGACAGUCCUGCCUCCAGGAGAAUGGGAUCCCUCCAUUCGAAUUGAGCCUCCAAAAAAUGUACCCUCUCAGGAAAAGAGAAAGAAAAACAAUAUUUUAGCCAAUGGAUUAGCAGAGGGAGAGGAAGAGCCAGACCACGGCCAUGGGGGUCCUGAACUGCAAAGGACUGGGAGGUGGUUUGGUGGUCUGAUCCUGGACAUCAAACGUAAAAUUCCUCACUACCUGUCGGACUACACCGACGCGUUCAGUUUGCAGUGUGUGGCCUCCUUCUUGUUCCUGUACUGUGCCUGCAUGUCCCCGGUCAUCACCUUUGGGGGCUUAUUGGGUGAAGCUACAGAAGGACGCAUAAGUGCCAUUGAGUCACUGUUUGGAGCCUCUCUCACUGGGAUCGCCUACUCCCUGUUCGCUGGGCAGCCCCUCACUAUUCUGGGCAGCACAGGGCCAGUGCUCGUCUUCGAAAAGAUAUUGUUCAAAUUCUGCAAAGAAUACGGCUUGUCCUACCUGUCCCUGAGAACGUGCAUUGGUCUGUGGACGGCCUUCCUCUGCAUCGUCCUGGUUGCCACGGACGCCAGUUCUCUCGUACGGUACAUCACCAGGUUCACAGAGGAAGCCUUCGCCUCCCUCAUCUGCAUCAUCUUCAUCUACGAGGCCCUGGAGAAACUCAUCCACCUCGGCGAUCACUACCCCUUCAACAAAAACAACAACCUGGAAAAGCUCACAAUGUACUCAUGUUCCUGUGUGGAGCCGACUGACCCCUCCAACGUCACCCUCAAGUAUUGGGAGCUCAACAACAUCACGGCAUCAGAAAUCUACUGGGAGGCACUGGAGGUCAAGGGCUGCCUUAAGCACAGGGGGGAGUUUGUGGGCAGCGCAUGUGGACCUCAUGGACCCUACGUCCCUGAUGUCCUCUUCUGGUGUGUCGUCCUUUUCUUCUCCACUGUCUUCAUGUCUUCGUUCCUCAAAGAGUUCAAGUUCAGAAACUACUUUCCCACCAAGGUGAGAGCCAUCAUCAGUGAUUUUGCAGUGUUUAUCACCAUCAUGACCAUGGUACUGAUUGACUACGCUUUAGGAGUACCCUCUCCUAAACUCAAAGUACCAAGUGUGUUCAAGCCCACUAGAGAUGACCGAGGUUGGUUCAUAAACCCCAUUGGGCCUAACCCCUGGUGGACAGCACUGGUCACCCUGAUCCCAGCUCUACUCUGCACCAUCCUCAUCUUCAUGGACCAGCAGAUUACUGCAGUCAUCAUCAACAGGAAGGAGCACAAACUCAAGAAAGGCUGCGGGUACCACCUGGACCUGCUGAUGGUUGGAGUGAUGCUAGGCGUGUGCUCACUGAUGGGGCUGCCCUGGUUCGUAGCGGCUACAGUCCUCUCCAUCACCCACGUCAACAGCCUGAAGCUGGAGUCGGAGUGCUCGGCCCCCGGGGAGCAGCCCAAGUUCCUGGGCAUCAGGGAGCAGCGCAUCACCGGCCUCAUGAUCUUUGUGCUCAUGGGCUGCUCUGUCUUCAUGACCUCUGUGCUAAAGUUCAUUCCUAUGCCUGUGCUGUAUGGGGUAUUCCUGUACAUGGGAGCGUCUUCUCUAAGAGGCAUCCAGUUUUUUGACCGCCUGACCUUGUUCGGCAUGCCAGCCAAGCACCAGCCAGACUUUGUAUAUCUCCGUCACGUUCCUCUGAGGAAGGUGCACCUCUUCACCAUCAUACAACUGAGCUGCCUGGUCCUGCUAUGGACCAUCAAGACGUCCAGAGCCGCCAUAGUCUUUCCCAUGAUGGUUUUGGCGCUGGUGUUUAUCAGGAAGUUGAUGGACUGUAUCUUCACAAAGAGAGAGCUGAGCUGGUUGGACGACCUCAUGCCAGAGAGCAAGAAGAAAAAGCUGGAAGAUGCAGAAGAGGAGGAGGAGGAGCAGAGCAUUUUGGCAGAAGAGGAUGGGGUUGUGCAAGUUCCUUUAGAUGGCUACAAAGGAAUCCCUGUUAUUAACAUCACAGACGAGAUGUCCAAAGGCUCCUUCGGAAACACGUGGAACAGCUAAGAACAGAUCAGAUGGUUUAAAGUCACAAUAUUAGAUGUUGUCCUGCAACUCCUGCGCACGACCAGACAGAGCGUAGUGUUUGUCUGUGAAGUCUAAAUGUGACAGUUCUGCGUAUGUCCCUGUACAUGUUUUGUGUUAAUGUGGGUUUAUAUCACACUUUUUCAGUCAUUUCCAUAAACCUUGUGUUAAGCUAAACUAGCUAAAUAUAUAAACUGUUUCCCUUAAGCUACAGCGAUGCACAAACUUUUUUUAAAAAUGUAUUUUGAUGUCUUUAAGUACUCAACAAUAAUGCACAAAACUUCAUUAAUAUUUUUACUCUUCAAAUAUUGUGUUUAUAAAUAAAUGUGUGAUUGUAAAGUAUGACUGAAAGGAGCACUUUAGGUGUGCAUUUGAGGACAGUAAACCUGAUGAACCAAAAGUAUUACUUUAAAGUAUUUGUAUAGUUAUUAUGAAAUGAGCAGAAUUACAGCUUUACAUGCAAUAAUAUUAACUGUGCUAUUUUCCCUGAUGUUGUAUUUGUAUGUAAAUUAAAAUAAUUUAUUAUAUUUAUGUAUGUUAAUUGUAUAAUGUAUGGUGACUAUUUCCAUCAUGUCAAAAAUUGCAAUAAAUAUGUUCAAGAUAAGAGC